UGUGUAUAUGUACCGGUGGUCAGCUGAUCCCGCUCAGCGCGCGCUGUCGCUCAGCUUCUCCUCGAGACCCGCUGCAGCACCAGCCAGACGAGGCGUUUAGUACUUUAGUGCUUUAGCUCAGAAGAGCAGAGGAACCCGCCCGGCGCCCGCCUUCUCCCUCAGAAAGAGAGAGAAGGAGAGAGAGAGAGAGAGGAGGAGGAGGAGAGAGAGAGAGGCGGCUCAGCGUUACCUGCCGACAGAGAGAGAGAAGGGGAGAAAAUGUCGAGUCCAGGAAAUCCAGUGCUGCUGCUGGUGCUGCUGGGAGUGCUGGUGCUGCACUCGGUGUCUGCACAGAACGCGGGCUUUGUGAAGUCUCCUCUGUCUGAGACUAAACUGUCCGGUGACACGUUUGAGCUGUACUGUGACGUUGUUGGAAGCCCCACCCCUGAGGUCCAGUGGUGGUAUGCAGAAAUAAACAAGGUUGAUGGCUUCCUUCAGCUCUGGGAUGGUGCACGUGAGCGCCGCGUCUCCAUCAGCACCGCAUACGGAACCAAUGCUGUUAGCGUUCUUGCAGUCAUGCAUGUCAUCACAGAGGAUUCUGGGAUUUAUGAGUGCAGAGCCAGUAACGACCCACAUCGCAAUGAUCUUCACCAGAAUCCAUCAACUACCUGGAUACGAGCCCAGGCAACUGUUACUGUGUUGCAGAAGCCAUCAAUCAAUGCAUCAGACCACAUCACCCUACCCACGGAUACCUAUCUCCCACAAGUCACGCUGCAGUGUAACCUGACUACCGCCCAGUACAACCACCGUGAGAGCUACUGGACAAAGAAUGGAGAGGAGAUCUUGGCCACGCGGACUGACCUGAGGACUACUGAGUACAAGAUCAUGAAGCCAAGGGCAGAGGAUGCAGGGGAGUACAUGUGCGUCUAUACAUUUGACAUGGCACCUCCAGCUAAUGCCACCAUUGAGGUGAAAUCUGCUCCAGACAUCACAGGACACAAGCGCAGUGAGAAUAAGAAUGAGGGAGAACGUGCUGUCCUUUACUGCAAGUCCGUGGGCUACCCUCACCCUAUCUGGACCUGGCGCAAAUUAGACAACGGUGCCUCCUUCGAAAUUGACAACUCCUCUGGCCGCUUUUUCAUCAGCAACAAGGACAACUACACAGAGCUGUCCAUCAUCAAUCUGGACAUCAAUUCUGACCCUGGGGAAUAUGAGUGCAAUGCCAACAACAUUGUUGGAAACUCCACCAUGACCUCAGUGCUGCGUGUCCGGAGCCACCUGGCCCCCCUCUGGCCCUUGUUGGGGGUCCUAGCUGAAAUCCUUGUUUUGGUCCUGAUCAUUGUUGUCUAUGAGAAACGCAAGAAGCCUGAUGAGGUGCCUGACGAUGAUGAACCAGCUGGCCCAAUGAAAACGAAUUCGACUAACAACCACAAAGACAAAAACCUACGUCAAAGGAAUACAAACUGAGCUGUCUGCUACUAAAAUGAAGACAUUCAUAUCAUGACCAUAUGAACGUAACAUGAAGGAGUUCAUUGUUUAGGGAAGCAUAUCAGGACUAAGAAAGAAGUAUCGGUGAGACAAAAUACAUACGACCACUCAAGGCAUGCCUUAUGAAUGUGAUGUGAAGAGGAUGUCUGCUGAGAAUGAAACAUGAUUGUUAAUGGCGUAUAAUAUUACAAACAUUUUAUUGCAUGAUUGUGUUGCUUUCUAUUUAUCUUUUAUUCAUACUGACUUUUCUUUACCAUGUCAACAAAUAGAGACCUGUAGUGCAUGCAAGAUAUUAACCUGCUGUUUGAUACAGAUACUGGGAUUUGGUUUUUGUAUUUCAGAGUGACUUCAUGUAGAUAAUAUUUAUAUUUCAAGUAAAACUUUGCAGUGUACGCAAAUCUACCACUAUGUUUCUGGUAUGACAGUUUUUGUACAGUUUAGCUUGUCACUGCAUACCAUUUAGUAAAGGUGGUGUAUGAUUUUAUUUUUCUUUUUUUCAGUCAUUUUCGUUUAUUUAUGUUACAGGCUUCAAUAAAAGAUAAGGGCUUUUCAAUGUCCUGCUAUGUUUCAUUUGUACAUAUGUUGUACAUUUUAUUUAUUUACUAAUUUAUUUCUGUAUGUAUCAUGUAACUGGAGAUGUCUAAGUUAUCUGAAUGUUAGUCAUUCUGAUGCACUUGAGUGUUCAGAAGUAAUUACGGAUCAGUAAUGUCAUUUUCUAACUCUAAACCUUAUCUAUCUGUGACUCAGCUUUUUACGUAUGCAUACUAUACAGCAUGGCUUUUAUCCUAUGCAAUAUUUGUUCAUAUAUAGUAGAAUAAGCAUUUUUUACUAUUGGCUUUUGUUUGCUUCUUGAAGCUUUAAUAUUAUAGGUUAGUCAUGAAUAGCGAAGUGCACUGUUCAAAACAUAAAUGACACCUGACGAUGUCCAGCCACACGCUGAACCACUCCAUCUGCAUGAGCUCCCUGCCAGUGCAGAGGUCCAACUGUGCAGAGAAAAAAAAUCAAAAGUGGACGAUCAUAAAACACAUCCAUAUAAUUUUUAAGGAUUAAAAAUUCCAAAGUGAU